AACAGUGGCUGUCAGAAUGUGCUGUGCUGUCCAUUCCUGGGUGCACGGGGUGCGAGGGCUCGCCCAGCUCUCCCUCUACACAUCCAAACCAGCGCUGGUUUCAUCUGUGGAUCCCUCCUAUCCACCACCCUCUGCUUAUCUGUCUAUCUCCUCUACCUUUCUGUGUGAAGAGUCAGGACCUCCAGUGUCCUGCCCGCUACAAGUUCUAUAGACAGCAGAUCACAAGGAGAGAAGAGAGGAUACAGACAAAGGGGAGGAAACAGGGGGAGAGACAAGGGAACAGAAUGAGAGAAGCAGAAAAGGAAGGAGAAGCGCUCAAUCCAUACACAUUCUUCUAUGGCACACGCAAAUCCUGACUGUGCACGUGAAUGAAUCUGCAUAGAAAAGACGCCGACGCACGACUGCCUUGCAAGGUGUAGGAUUGGCUUCUAAGAACAGGAUCUGAGAUACCCAUCCAGUAAAAUGGACUGUGUGAUUGGAAGCUCUCUCGUGUGGUUUUCCGUCCUCUUACACUGUAUCCUGACUCCGCUUUCAGUAUCUCCGACUCCACAGACCCAGAAAUUAGAAGGCCAGGCCUGGAUGGAUAUAUUUAACAGGAGUAAGUGCCAGCCUCGAUGGGUCCUUCUUAAUCUGCUCAAUGAGUUUCCACAGUUUUCAGACUUUCUCUUCAAGCCGCCAUGUGUGUCAGUCCAGCGCUGUGCGGGGUGCUGCCUGGACGAAGCUCAAAGCUGCUUCCCCAUACAGGCACAUAUCAUCAAAAUGCAGGUUCAGGUUCAUAAAACCAAAUCUGAUCCGGAGUACACAGAAAUCUCUGUUAUUCAACACACGGAGUGUGAGUGCAGGGUGAAGGCAUCAUUGCAGCUGUUGGACAGAAGGUUGAACCUGGCUGCUGUAUUUAAUCAGGAUAGAUUGGAAAGACCCCAUGUCAAUACCACCCUGAAGGCUAGCAGGCUCUCUUCCACUUCAGGUGACAAAAAAGCUAAGAAAAGGAGGCGGAAAGGGAAAAAGGGGAAAGGAGCCUCUAAAAAUGCCAGGUCUACAUGUCCACCAUGCGGCCGACGAAGAACUUUAAAUCCUAAAAACUGCAAAUGUGUCUGUGACUUUAAUGAAAAACGGUGUAUCCAACGAGGACUUACACUUAAUAAAGAGCGUUGCAGGUGUGAAAAGCCAAGAAGCUGACAGUCACCGGGGCAAACACAACAGUUACAGGUUCAAUGGUUUACUGUGCAAAGCCAGAUCCUGUGUCAGUGCUUGACACCUUGCUAGUAAAGAUAGCGGCUGGAGAAUAUCACCCACUGAAUAUCAUGGCUACAGUUCUGGCAGCCUCCUUCAUGAUACAUGUACAGUUCGACUGGUGUACUACUUGGUUGAUGUAUAAAAGGUGGACUUGCUGAAUAGUGACCUCAGGAUUUGCACACAAAAGCAAAGGCAAUGCAUUACAUUCAGAUGACAGCCUGUCAAAUAAAUCUACCAUGAUGUAUUUUACAAUAAUGUUGAUAAGACAACCAUUCAAUGGGUUGUCCGGGUUCAGAGCUGAACCUGGACAUAUCCCCAUUUUCACCCAGGCA